AAGUAGCAUCACCAUCAUCGUUCAUAACUUUAUACGCUGGCUGAGGAACGAGUUGUUAUUAGUUUUAUUGUUAUUGUUCAGCCUGGGUGCUCCGCCCGGGAGUGAUCAACGGCAGUCGAUUGGGAGGAAGGUCGAGAGGAUUGUUUUCAUGUACCAUACAGAAUGGCAUCCCACCUGUGUGCGGUGAUCUUGGUCGCCUUAGUUCUUUUCGGAACCCAAAACUACGCGAAAGAAUUCACACCGUCCACGAAUCUCAUAACCCCGGCGGAGUCGCCCCGCUUGGAACCGAUCAAUGGGACGCGGAACUUCCGGAUGCACGGCAAGAAAGGCAAAGAUGACAAAACCUGGUUCGAUGGCCGCGAGAUGCGUUACAUCUACUGCGUACGGCCGGCCAAGUGUGAACCGAUCCGGCACAAGUCCUGCCUGGGCUCGCCGCUGCCGUAUUCCUCCAUCAGUCUCGAUCUGACCGAUUCGUUCAGCCAGGAGCAAACCCACGACAAACUGUACCAGUACAAUGCGCUGCGCCACGUGCCAAAGUGUUGGGCCGUCAUCCAACCGUUCCUGUGUGCAGUCUUUACGCCCAAAUGCGAAAAGAUCAACGGACGGGACAUGGUGUACCUGCCUUCGUUGGAGAUGUGCAAGAUCACGCUGGAACCGUGUCGGAUACUGUACAAUACCAGCUACUUUCCGGAGUUCCUCAAGUGCAACGAAACGCUGUAUCCGUCGAAGUGCAACAAUGACGUGCGGGAGGAGAUGAAGUUCAACGCUACGGGGCAGUGUCUGAAACCGCUGGUCGGAGCGGAUUCCCCUGCGAAUUACUAUAAAGAUAUCGAGGGAUGCGGCCUGCAGUGCAAAGAUCCACUGUUCACCGAUCACGAGCACCGUCAGAUUCACAAGUUGAUCGCGUGGGGUGCCGGAGUCUGCCUGACGUUCAAUUUGUUUACGAUCGCAACGUUUGCGAUCGAUUGGCACAAUGCGAACAAGUAUCCGGCGUUGGUGAUCUUCUACAUCAACUUUUGCUUCAUGGUGUCCUGUUUGGGCUGGCUUGCUCAAUUCACUCCUGGUAGUCGGGAGGACAUCGUCUGUCGCAAGGAUGGAACUCUGCGCAUUUCGGAACCCAGUGCCGGUGAGAAUCUCUCGUGUAUUGUGGUGUUUAUUUUGGUUUACUACUUCCUAAUUGCGGCCAUGGUUUGGUUCGUCAUUUUCACCUACGUGUGGCAUAUGAGCUUCAAAGCUAUUGGGAAAAUUCAGGAUAGGAUCGAUAAGAAGGGAUCGUACUUCCAUUUGAUUGCGUGGUCACUGCCGCUGGUGCUGACGAUAACGAUCAUGGCUCUGAGUGAGAUCGAUGGAAACAGUACGGUUGGGAUUUGCUUCGUGGGGUACUUGAAUCAUCCGAUUAGGGCGGGCUUUCUGCUGGGGCCGGUGGCUUGUGUUCUGUUCAUUGGAGGGUACUUCCUAGGAAGAGGACUGCUGACGCUGAUCAAGCUGAAGAUAUCUAGCAAGGAGAUUAUCUCGGCUCGUGCUAGUAAGAAAAUCCGACAGACAAUUGUCCGGAUGGGAAUCUGUACAAUGUUCACGUUUGUGUUCAUCGUUGCGACCAUUUUCUGCCACAUUCAUGAGUUCAAAAACACUGAAAGUUGGGCACUGGCGCUUAAAAAGUACAUCAUCUGUCAGAUUUCGUCGACGUACACGGAUGUGACGAGCGCUUGCAAGCUUCAGAGUCGCCCAAGUGUGGCAAUCCUACAGCUUCAUCUGAUUUGCUUAUUCGCGUCGGGUAUCGUGAUGUCUUCGUGGGUUUGGACCAACUCCACCUUGGAAACGUGGGGUCGUUAUUUUCGGAGGCGCUUCCGACCAGAUGUCGAGGAACCCGUGAAACUACAGAAGCAUAAAGUUAUCGCUCAGGCUUUUGCGAAGAGGAAGGAAUUUCAAAACCAGGGACGGUUGUCGAUCUCCUUUCACAACUCCCACACCGACCCCGUUGGUUUGAAGUUCGAUAUCAAUUCGGCGAUUGGGAGUCACGACUUCAGUUCGACGUGGGCGAACAAUUUGCCACGGUUUGUGAACAGGAGGUACGCUUUGACCGGGGCGGCAACUAGCUCCAGCCAUGAUCCAAGGAAAAAUUCGGUAGAUUCGGAGAUCAGCUUCAGUGUGAGGCACGUGUCGGUGGAGUCGAGGAGGAAUUCCAUAGAUUCUCAGGUUUCGGUGAAGAUUGCCGAGAUGAAGACCAAGGUGGCCAGCAGAAGCCGCAGUGGAGUAAGUAGUAGCAAGCAUCAUCAAAAAAAUAGACACCACCGGCGGCGAGAUUUCACGGCAUCCGGCCGUAGAUAUAGUCGGAAAGAGAGUAGCACCUCGGUGGAAUCUCAAAUCAUUACAGCAAUUCAAAAGGGUAGACAUUCGUCCACCAGUGGAAAUAGCCAAUUUUUCGGAGCUAACAAUAUGCAACGGAGAACAGGUAUCGGUGGCAUGGAUGCGGAUCAGCUGAAUAAUUUUAUUUCCAAUGGCAAAUUGCUGCUGCCGUUUUUGCAUCAACCCGGGCUAACUACCUCGGAGGAUGAUAACGAGUCCAAUGCGUCCUUCAAAGUUCAGGAUUCGAAAUUUGAUGUGAUUCUGAAGCACAUCGGAGCAGCUGGAACGUCGAACCGUGCCGACUCGCACAACACCAGCUGUCAAAUCGAAGAAUACCACUCCAGUGACGAUGAGAAGCUGAACCUGAAGCAGUCCAGCCGGGACGAUUUUACCAGCAUGAAAGAUGGAAUGAAAAGCAGUAAGGAGGGAGGCCGAGGCAGUAAGAACAGUUCCAAAAGUGUACGCAGUAAGAAGUCCUCCUCCAGACAAGGAACCAUAAGAAAGUCCCAGAAACACUCUCGGGCUAGCCAGAAGAGUCAACGUAACGAAAAGAAGGAGAAAGCUCGGGAACGAGAACGAGAGAAAGAACGGGAAAAAGAGCGCGAGAAAGAGUUGCAACUGAUCGAGCGAAACAAUAUCACCGAUUUCAACGAUUCCUCCUUCACAUCCUUCUGCUCGGAACUGUCCCCGCUGAAUGUGAACAGUUCCUAUUCGGGAAUAUCGCUGACAAAAACGAACUCCCGCAACUCCAAGCGCAGUUGCGACGUUGGCAUUCAAGCUAAUGCCUACGAAAUCGCCACCCAAACCAUGUCUUCGUUCGAGUUCAGCGAGAAGGCGCUGAAAAACGAAGAAAACGAAGACAUUUACACGGAAAACCACCAACUGCUAGGGCCCAAACUGGUGCCCCAGGUUGUGCAAGCCCCUCGAAAACGUGAAAUCGCCGACGUAAGCUUGACUGAAGCGGAAAAGCUAAAACAGCUACUCCUUCCAUCCAAGUAGUAAACGGAGCUGAACAAAAAUACUCAUAUUCGAAUAUUUUCUAGGAUCAAUUUUUGAUUUUUACUUUAAGAUAUACAAACUAAAGAGUAGAUCUAUAGAGUACAUUAUGAAUCUCUGCGAGAUUCUCCACAAAUAAAAUUUUACACGAAAUGACCGGUGCCUUUUUGCAUGAUGAACCAAUUGUGCACACAAUUAAUCGAACGCGCAACGAAUCAAAGAGCAGCAAGCAUUUAUUGAAACCACGCAUUGUCCAGCAUACUCGGAGACAAUCCUCUAACAAUAAGGUUUAAGACUGAUUUUAAGAGAACACAGAGGAAAUUAGAAGAAGAAAAAACUCACAGUUGACGAUAUGCGCACACGAUCAACUGAAUCAUACUCAAAA